AUGAAGCUAGUCCAAAGCUUCGCCCUGGCAUUGCUCUCAGUCUCUGCAUUGCUCACGCACGCUUCCGUCACCGCGGGGCGCAAUGAAAAGCUUCAAGUUGCGCAACCUCAGCAACAUGCCAUACAGCAGCAGCAGCAGCAGCAUCUAGCUGUCGGACCGCACGACGUUCUCGAACAUGGAAAAAAGCUCUCCGAUGUGAUCGCUGCUUCGCCCUUGUUGUCGCUGCAUCGUGCCAUUUGCGAAGUCGAAUCCAUUACCGAUAACGAAGCCGCGGUGGGGAAGCUGCUCGUCUCGAUUCUCGAGGCGCAUAAUUUCACAGUGGUUACGCAGAGUGUCCCGCCGCCGCCAAAGGCAGCGCAAUCGACAAGCACCAGUGCGAAGAAGGAGAGAUUCAAUAUCUAUGCGUACCCGGACGUUUCGAAGUAUGGAGGGGGCUUUACUGCGUCGGAUGCGAAGCCGAAAGUACUACUGACCUCGCACAUUGACACGGUCCCACCACAUAUCCCGUACUCGCUGUCUCUUCCCAGCAAGGGAGACGAAUUGGGUGGUGGUGGUGCUGCUACGACGUCGUCGUUUUCGCGCAAGGACAUACUCAUUUCCGGCCGGGGCACGGUCGACGACAAAGCUUGCGUGGCGGUCCAAGUCCAGACAGCAUUGGACCUGCUCUCCGACCCCGCGGCUUUUACCAGUGUCUCCCCUUCGGACAUUGCGCUGCUGUUUGUGGUGGGCGAGGAGAAGAGGGGCGAUGGGAUGCGCCACUUUUCCUCGUCGCACAUCUACAACCACACCCGCGAUCACUACAAGGCCAUCCUCUUCGGCGAACCCACAGAAGGUAAACUGGCCGCCGGCCACAAGGGGAUCGAGAUGCUCUCGCUCCGCGCCCGUGGCAAGGCGGCGCACAGCGGCUACCCCUGGCUGGGGAGGAGUGCGAAUAGCAUGAUCCUGCCGGCGCUUGUGGUUCUGGAUAAAUUGGGCGACACGCCCGAGGAAGAAGGUGGACUGCCCGGGAGCGACAAGUACGGGAAAUCUACGGUGAACGUUGGGAUCAUGCAAGGUGGCGUGGCGGCCAAUGUCGUCCCCGAGUUCGCCAUGGCCGACGUGACGUUCAGGCUUGCUGGGGGAACCGUCGCAGAGGUUCGCAAGAUUGUCACGGACGCGGUACGCAAAGUCGACCCGGAGGAGCUGUUGGAUUUGUCCUUCUCGCAAGGCUACGGGCCCGUACCCUUGGAUGCAGAUGUGGAUGGCUUUGAGACCAUCACUGUCAACUAUGGCACGGAUGUGCCGAAUCUGGAUGUCGUGGAUGGAGUCAAGAAAUAUCUGUAUGGGCCGGGGAGUAUUCUGGUCGCUCAUGGUAAGGAUGAGGGCCUUACGGUGGGGGAUAUGGAGGAGGCCUUGGAAGGGUACAAGAAGUUAGUGAUGCAUGCGUUGAAAUUGUAG